AGACAAUCCAUCGACUCCCAUCGAGAGACGACGAUGUUGCUGUAUACCAAUACUUACUUGAUCUCAGGAUAAAUGAAAUCACGGGCAAAGAGCAAACGAAGAUCAGGGCCUUCCUGCAACAGGCACCCGGAACUCUGACCGUGAGAAGAGCGAGUGAAAAUCAAACGAGAGCCAAGUAUGGAACGAGGAAUACAGUAAAAUAGGGGCACAGGAAUUGCUAGAAACUGAAAAGCUGCUAGCGAAGACGAGACGGAUGGAAUGGAGAUGAGCAAUAGCUACUGAAGAGGAUGAGAUGGAGAAAUAUGAUGAGAGAGAAGAAGAGGAAAAGAAGAAGAGAAACCGAGGGAACGAAGAACGUUUUUGGACUUUGGGGGACGAGAACCAAUUGGGGAAGGAACAGUUGUUCGAGUCUGGGGAGGAAGGAAGGAAGAAGGAACAGGGGAGGGAAGAUGGGAAGUCGACAAAAGGGGAAAGAAAUCACUGUCUAGUCAUGUGUUGUGAAAGAGUGGGUGUUAUUCAAAGAAUACAUACAAGUCGAUGAGGA